AUGACCAGAGAGCCGGCCAACGGCGAAGCGCCGCCGGGCUACACGCCCACAGCGGCAGAACCCCCCAACGGACAGCCAAAUCCGCCCAGCGACAUCGACAUCACAGCCUCAUUUGCAAAUCUCGCCAUCUCAUCCGAACCACCAACCGGCAUCCCCAAUGUAGACACAACCCUAGCUCACCUGAAGCUCCUCCACGCCAUCCACUCGCUCAAAGAAGACGUGGGCUACAACGAUGGCCUCUGGGGCCUAUGGGACGACCGCGCCGACAAGGACACCGACAUCAUCCUCGACGGGGCGCUGCCAUCGGGAGUCAAGCUGGACAGCCUCAGCAAAGACGAAAAGAACAAGCUGGCGCUCAGCCGUCUGCGCGAGAAGCGAUGGGCCAUCUUCCUUGCGCGUGCCGUGGACCGAUAUGAGGCGUGGUGGAACGCCAUCACCAGACAAAAGGAGAUGCUGACCGAGGCGGACAUGAUGAAGACGCGUGGCUCUAGAUAUAUUGAUUUCCCGACCAGUGGAGCGCCAUUGCCUUGGAGUGAUGAUAAUAUUCCACCCUUGGAUGUUCUAAUGGUCAUGCACGCACACAUGUUGAACCCCAGAGCCUUCCUAGAAGACGCCAUUCGCACCAACAUGAUUGAAUACUGGACCGCCGGCAUGCCAUGGCUACCCGUGAACAAUGCCAUCUCCACUGACUUUUCCUACAACGCGAAUGAUGAGGCGAAAACCAACUGGGUCGCACGGACAGGCCUCAACUGGGACAAUCAAGCAGACUCCAUGACCAAAGAUUUCCGGUGUCCGUGGUGUAAGGGUGGCUUGAAGGUGCCAUGGACAACCUGCGGAACAGCCUCGGAGUCAGAAAGAGCAAAAGGCACUAUCGGCAACGGUUACGGCGACGGAAACUUCUCCCACACCUGCCCCAGCUGCCAUCAGACCAUCACCAAAGAAGUCCUCUCCCUCUCCAAAUUCAUCAAAGACUCCUCCCUAGUCCUCAGCAAAUCCGUCCCCAUGCCCGGUACAAUCCUCUCCAUGGUCUCCGGCACGCCAGAAAUCGUGCCCGAGCCACCAUACUCAAUCAUCUACUCCCGCACAUUCCCCAACCGCUUGAUCCAAUUCGAACUCCGCUCCAAGAUCCUCGAACUCAUCAACCCCCAAGCCCAGCACCCGUCCAUGGUCGACGUGCGAGAACUCAUCGAAAAGGCCACCAAAGACGGCCAAGUGAUCCGCAAGCUCUACGGAAACUACUCCCGAGCACGACGCGCCAUCCUCCCGCGCGAGGCCAAAGUGGCCACCCGCAAGAUGAUGAGCCGCUACUGGGAAAACUUCUCGCCCUUUGCCCUCGACCUGUGCGGCGCCGUCAUGCGCCAGGGCGUCUUCAUCGACAAGAUGGUCAAGCUCGACUGGCUUCACAGCCCGGCUGCGAGGGCCACUAUGAGCCGCCUCAUCACCAAAUACGACCGCUUCAUCACAAUCAUGAAGAAACAUCCCGACAAGAUGGCCGUUCCUACGCUGGAUGUAGAUUUGGCCUGGCAUACACACCAACUCACACCGAGAGACUACUACGCCUUUACGAUGAGGUUGACUGGCAAAUUCAUCGACCACGACGACAAGAUUGACGAAAACGCAUUAAGUGAAGCAUUCGAAUGGACUACAAAGACAUAUCAAAGCCUCUACAACGAAGUAUACAGCGAAUGCACAUGUUGGUACUGCGAAGCCGUCCGCGAAUCGCAAUGCUCCAAAAUCGGCAAAUUCCUCAACAUCUCCUCCUCCCAAAAACUCGCAGACUCCUUCCACGCCUCCGGCUCCGCCAGCCUCUGCCCGCCCGACAACUCGGCCCACAUCUCGGCGCACAACUCCAUCCGCACGCUCGAGACCAACCCCUUUGUCAGCGCGCACGCCCGCGUCCGGCAACAGGAGAAGCUCGACGAGGCCUACAAGAAGGCGUGCAAGCGGGCCGAGAAGAAGGGCAGGACGUUGCCAGCCAGGGAUCAGUACUAUGAAAACUGGGGGUAUCCGUAUUACAUGUACGGUCCGUUCAUGUAUCCCAUCUACUUCACCCCCGGCCUCUACUACGGCUGGGACCCGUGCUACAUCUCCUCAGGACAAGGCGCCUGGGCAAACUGCGCCGUCGGAACCUGUGGCAACGGCAACAUUGCUGCCGGUGGCUGCGGAGGUCCAGGAGGAUGCGCUGCUGCUGGCUGUGGCGGAGGAGCUGGUGGAUGCACCUCCGGCGGCUGUGGAGGCGGUGGAUGUGGAGGAGGAGGAGGAUGUGGAGGUGGCGGCGGCGGCGGAGGAUGCGGCGGCGGUGGUGGAUGUUGA